UCGACAUUCCUACUAGUAAACAGUGCAAAGAAUGGCGACGUCAGCAAGGCGGUUGUAAUUCAUUUUGGAAUUUAAGUAAAAUAACUGCAAAACAAGAAGAAUUAAGACUAAUAAGUAAUUGAACCAGAACUGAUAAAGAAUUAAUAAACAGGUCUGUAAAAUCGUAUACUAUGAACAUAAGUGUGUGAGAAGCUGGCCGUUAGGAAACAAAGGAUUUCAAGCUGAACAACAAAUACAAGACAACAUAUGGAACCCGACUGCCACAACGUUGACUAAUGUCAUUCAUUGCCUGCAACCUGCAUUUCUCACCUAAGUAAAUUCGGUAGAAAUAUUUCCACAUGCAUAUGCUUGUUAAAAAUUUAGCAGAAAAUUCUUUGUCGUGCAUACAGAUUAUUGAAACUUGGGUCAUCAAAGUUUCUGAUCGAAUUUCAUAAUGACACAGCCGCGUUAUGAGCUCCUAAACAAUGGCAAUCAACAGGAAGAUGCUAGCCCUAGUGGUCUACUAAGGCGUGCUACGUUUGGUGGACGCUACGAUGACGGCGACGACGGAAACGAAGAAAUUGAAUUGGGUACAGAACAUCGCAUUAGAUAUGAAAGUGAUGACGAUGAAGAAGAAUAUUAUGUGAAUGGGCAUUUGGCAAGAAAAGCCAGUGAUCGGGAUAGUGUCCAUAAUGAAUCAGGAGGAGUAAUGGGAUCACCGGCAAUAACUGCUCACCGGGCGGGUUCACGUAUCAUGCACAUGGCUGUUGGAACUGUAGCUACUAUACUACUUUAUUUAGCACUUUCUAUAUCGCUAACAUUCUAUCAGCAAAAGUUAAUUAAGAAAUUAAAAUUUCCCCUAACUAUCGUUACCUAUCAUUUGGUAUUGAAACUUUGCCUUGCUGCUAUUGUGCGUGGUAUUUACAAAUUAUGUGUAGGAAAAACGUGCGUCAAAAUAGAUCUACGCACAUCAUGGCAAAAAAUGGCUCCAGCUGGUAUUGCCAGUGGCAUCGACAUUGGAUUUUCAAAUUGGGGUCUUGAGCUGGUGUCCAUAUCUCUAUAUACUAUGACUAAAUCAUCAACCAUAGUUUUUAUAUUGAUAUUUGCAAUAAUGCUUGGACUAGAAAAAAAGAGCUUAUUUCUCAUAUUUAUCGUCGGUCUCAUUGCAAUAGGAUUAUUUAUGUUCACUUAUGAAUCAGCACAAUUUAACGCACUUGGUUUCAUUUUUCUGCUACUGGCAUCGCUUAGCAGUGGCAUUCGAUGGAGUUUCGCCCAAUUUGUUAUGCAAAAAUCAAAAUUAGGUUUGCAUAAUCCCAUAGAUAUGAUAUAUUACAUGCAACCAUGGAUGAUAGCGUCGCUAUUGCCGUUCUUGGUAACUUUUGAAGGUCAACCGCUUUAUGACGUGUUUCGCGAUCUAUCUAAUACAUCCAACGAAGUAAUUUUAAUUAAUAUUUUUUAUAUCACCUUUGGUGCUGUGCUGGCUUUCCUAAUGGAGUGCAGCGAGUUUUUGGUGCUCUCAAAAACAUCUGGCUUGACGCUUUCAAUUGCCGGAAUCUUCAAGGAUAUUUGUCAACUCUCAUUGGGAGUGGAAAUUAAUGGAGACCAGCUGAGCUUGAUAAACGUGUUUGGCUUAGUAGUUUGCUUAGCCGGUAUUUGCAUGCAUUUACUACACAAGUAUUUAACUUUUACUAAAAUGGAGACGGUGAACAUGGAUGAGGAUGAUGGUGAAUUAUGUUUCAAUGAGACCAGCAUUAGUCCCACUACAAAUUGCAACAAUCAAUCUAGUGGCAAUGCAAUUACAAGCGGAAACGUAUUGACUGCCGUUUUGCAAAAGAAACAUUCCGCGCAAACUGUACCGUUAUUAGAACAGAGUGAUUCUGAUGAUUCUAACAAUGACAAUGAGCAAAGUGCUUCUGAUGUUAUAUUUGACGUAUUGAAGCGGCGUGAUAUGCAACGAUAAGGAAAAUAGAAAAACUUUUUUCAUUUCUUUGCAUUACGAUUUUUGAACUAGCUAAUACGCUAGAAAAUGUAAAUGUUGUAUAAAUCAUUCCCCUGUAUUACUUACGCGUUACCGCUCUACUCCUUAAACUGUGAAAAUAAAUUUUAGUAGAUAAGUGAAUUAUUGUUCCCUUGUAUGUUUUAAUGUUUGAAAGAAUGAAUUUUAGUUUCUUCGAAAAAUUUAAAUAAAAUUUGAAUUGUA